AGCUGCCAAGGAAUUCGACCGCGGAAAUGAUGAGAUAUAAGGGAGGGAAAGGAAAAGAUGCGUCGCCCUAAAAAGGAGUGUUUUGCGAAAGGGGGAUUCUGGUCCGGGUUGGGUCAGACCUGCCCGCUUGAACGGCCCCUUCAGGCUUCACCAGUUAUUGUUUAGGUUCAGGUUCGAAUCCAACCGCAUCCGCUGAUCCCAUCCGUAGUUCAUCACCUGCCAAUGACGGAAACAGAGGACGGGCGGACGGACGGAAACUGGAGCCAUGAGGACCGUCCACCGCAAGGGGAGUCAUCGUAAUGAUCCGUGCUACCACCGAUCUGCGGCGUGGAUCAAGCGCACCGCAACGGAGGCUAGCUUCCCCGCCUCGUUUCCCUGCAGGAAUCUUGUUUCUGUUACACCACGGGAGUCGGCAACAAAAAGGCAAAGGGGCAAAGAAGACGACAAGGGAUCGCGUGCCCUUCCAUCCUAGGCACCGAUCGGUUCUUCUUCUUCUUCUUCUCUCCCGUCGUCAGAGAGGGGAAAUACAUUCACCGGUACAGCGAUGGCGAGGUGCCCUGGGUGGGGGAAGCUGCCGCGGUCGCCUGCGCAUCCUUCGCCAUCCCCACACGUCGAUGACGACGACGUCGUCGGCAUCGGCGCCUCCGCUGGCGGGCGCAGAAGCAUCUCCUAUUGCCGCCUCCCCGAGCAGCUUCUCCGCCUCUCCGUCCUCAAAUUGGAUGGCUCCUCCUACGAGGUGGAAGUCGCAAGGACAGCUUCCGUGGCGGAGCUGAAGAUGGAGAUCGAGGACAUCUUCAGCGAGUCCCCCGACGACGGAGGUUGCUGCAUUUCUUGGUCUCAUGUGUGGGGUCAGUUCUGCUUAUGCUACAAGGAGCAUAAAUUGAUUGAUGAUGGAGCGUCUCUUCGCAGUUUCGGAAUCAGAGAUGGAGAUCAGCUUCAUUUCAUAAGACAUCUUUCACCGAACCAGAAGACUAACCGGAGGAGACUCAAAAAUCGACGAACAGAGACCGUUGAGGAGAACGGCAAGGGUAAAGACAUCAGACGCCGCGGUUAUGUGGAUGAACAGCGUCAGGAUCAUGACCAGAGAGAUUGGAGUGCCCCGCACACACAACCCAAGUUGGGGAGUUUCUUCCGACGAUGGUGCUCUACACCGAGUCCUGGUAAGACAAAACCAGAGAGACAGAGUAAAGUUAUCGGCAAAAGCAAAAAGAUUUGCUGGGCAAUAUGUAGGUAAUCCAGCAAUACCAGUUGUAUGGUGAUCGCUAGCGGAAUUGCUUGUCCUCCCAAAAUAAACAUUGUGUUUCUUUGUGGCAAUGACUAGUACUUGGGAUAAUAAUUUGUAAGGUAACUAUAAUUGAAGAUAGUUACCAUUUGACAGCUAGCAGUUCAUAAAAAAAUUUAAUAAUUUAUCAUAAACUUUUGGACUCCAAUCCCACUUUCAUCAUUCAUUCUUUGCACACAAAAAAGAAAAAAAAGGCUAUUCUCGUUGCAACCUAUAAACUUCCUAUUGCUAACAAGAUGAUCAAAAUAAUGAUCGAAUGUAGCUUCUUAUCAGUUUCGACUAUAACAAAGGUACUAUGGUCCUCAAUUCUUUCCCAAUAAAAAAUAAACAAAUGCAAUGCAUGGAGUAUUUGUCGCAACAUAAUCUUCUAUCUAAUUGUUAUGACAUGAUGUCGAUGAUCACCCUUGAGCCGA